UUGACGCGUGGAGGAGCAGUAUUUCAUAGACAGAGGAGGCUUCUUCUCAUUAAAGGAGGUGGAGGCUCUCCAAGAUCAGACACACACCCGUACACACACACACAUAGUCUUAUGAGUUUGAGGAAUUCAUCGGCUGUGGUUACAGUGACAGGAACAGUCAGCCAGGGUUGAGUCACAGCGUUUAGACUGUUUUCUUCACACUCAGUGAAGUGAGUUUGAGGACUAGGCUGAUGACAGAUUACUCGUUUCCUACAACCAGCAGUUCAGUGUAGUUCAGUCAGUCAGCGGAUGGAGGAUCGCAAGGAGACUGUGUGAUACAUUUGAGCGAGUGUGUGAGGAUGGCGUGGGGUGUGUGGACUUUCACGCUUUGCUUGGUAUUUUGGAUCAGCUCCGCGACUCAAUCGACAAAAAGUGUGUAUCCGAGAUUACGGCUGUCUCACAAAGAGUUAUGGGAGCUGAACAGGACGUGGGUUUUCCAGGCUGGAGAGGGCCGUCUGCAGCAAUACACCAUGUUACUGGACGAGACUCAGGAACGACUGAUCAUCGGAGGAAAAGACGUCCUGUACUCCCUCAAUCUGGAGCGCAUCACUGCCCCUCACAAACAGAUUGACUGGUCGAGCUCUCAGGAGCAGGUGGAGGACUGUUUGAUGCAGGGCAGAGAGAAGCCGGAGUGUGCAAACUACAUUAAGCUGGUUCAGCAUUAUAACAGCACCCAUCUGCUGGCGUGCGGCACUGGAGCUUUCAGUCCUGUGUGUGCUUAUAUCAGAGUGAGCCGUGGAGCAGAGCAGGAGCGAGAAUUCAGGUUGGAAUCUGACCACAUAGAGAGCGGCAGAGGAAGAGUCCCGUUUCAUCCCAACAGCCCUUUAGCAUCAACAGUCAACCGUGGAGAGCUGUUUGUGGGCCUGUACACUGAUUAUUGGGAGAAUGAUGCUGCUUUGUAUCGCUUAGGCAAUCACAGCUUCAUCAGGACUGAAGUGGGCGACAGACAGCAGCUGACCGAGCCCAAGUUUGUAGGCUCAGCGGUGAUCCCUGACAAUGACGACCCUGCUGACGAUAAGGUUUACUACUUCUUCACAGAGCGAGUGGCCGACGUUGAGGGAGGAAAUAAAGCUGUUUACACCAGAGUGGCCAGAGUCUGUGCGAAUGACCAGGGUGGUCAGAGGAUGCUGGUAAACAGAUGGAGCUCUUUCCUGAAGACACGUUUGAUCUGCUCAGUGGCAGGACCCAACGGCAUUGACACACACUUUGAUGAGCUCGAGGAUGUGUUUGUACUACGGAAGAAAGAUGAGAAAAAUCCAGAGAUCUUUGGUCUGUUCAGCACCACCAGCGCUGUGUUUAAAGGAUAUGCAGUGUGCAUGUAUAAUAUGGAUGACAUACGUGCUGCAUUUAACGGGCCUUUUGCACACCGGGAACAGACGGACCACCACUGGAAAGUGUACGAUGGCAAAGUCCCAUACCCUCGACCUGGAUCGUGUGCCAGUAAGAUAAAUGGAGGGCAUUUCUCCAGCUCUAAGGAGUAUCCGGAUGAGGUUCUCCGAUUUGCACGUUCCCAUCCACUCAUGUUCCAGGCAGUGCAUCCCGUACACAGACGACCCAUCCUGCUGGACACUGAAGGAGGACGUAAACUCACCCAGCUGGCGGUGGACAGGGUGGAGGCUGAAGACGGACACUACAAUGUUCUCUUCAUAGGCACUGAUAAUUCUGUAGUAUUAAAAAUGAUUACAAUCUACAACAAAGAAGCCGACACAGUUGAAGAGGUUCUUUUGGAGGAGCUGCAGGUUUUUAAGGUCCCUGUUCCCAUUACUGAGAUCCUGAUCUCUACUAAACGACAACAGCUGUAUGUGGGCUCGGAGUUGGGUGUAACACAGAUCCGUGUGCAUCAAUGUGGGCUCUAUGGGUCAGCCUGUGCUGACUGCUGCCUGGCCAGAGACCCUUACUGUGCCUGGGAUGGGUUCACAUGUUCGCGCUACUAUCCUGCGGGACUCUAUACCAAAAGGCGCUUCAGACGGCAAGACGUCCGUCAUGGCAAUGCAGUUCAGCAGUGCAACGGGCUUCAGCUUAGCGAAGAACAAAGCAUCUCAGAGAAGCUGGUUUACGGUGUGGAGAACAAUAGUACUUUACUGGAGUGCAGACCACGAUCACUGCAGGCGUCUGUAACCUGGUACAUUGAACACGGCCUCGACAUGGAGGAGGUGAAAAGUGAUGACCGUGUGAUUCAGACGCCGCACGGCCUCUUACUCCUCCGAAUAAUGAAGGCAGAUGCAGGAGUUUAUGUGUGUCAGUCCACAGAGCACGGCUUCAUCCAGACACUGCUGAGAGUCACGUUAGAGGUGCUGGAGGAAGGAAAGGUGGAGGCUCUGCUGCAUAAAGCGGAGGAGGAGGACGGUGAUCUUCCACACAGAGCAGCUCCACCAUGCUCCUUCCCCAGCCUGCCUUCCACCUCCUCAAAGCUCUGGUAUAAAGACUUCAUGCAGCUCAUCGGAUACAGCAACUUUCAGCGGGUGGAGCAGUACUGCGAGAAGGUGUGGUGCGUGGCGGACAGGAAGAGGAAGAAACUCAAGGGAAUGGCACCAAAAUGGCGGUUAACAGCUGGGGGAGAGCAGCGGGCGAGAGCACGGGCACCUCGACACACAGCAGGACAGUAGAGAACUAAUUAUUUUAGCUCAUGCUCCGUGCAGAUGACCUGAUAUAGACGUAAUUUGUUAUUAUUAUAAAAAGAAGAAAGAAUUUGUUUAGAGUCUUACUGUUGCAUCAUUGAUCAGUAGCUACAGUCAGUAUGCUGGAUAUUUAAAGGUACACCAAGUAAUUUUCUUAUCGAAUUUAUGGAUAUCGAUGCAAAGUGAAAACAUGUUCAGUGUUUCUACAAAUGUGCUUUGCAGGUACAGUGAGACUCCGUCCACUGCUGCGUGACUCAAAAUGCACAGAACACAGAGACCACAUGAUUUACACACAUAAGCUUAACACUAGAACCGCCGGAGGUCGCUGUAUUCCUAAAAUCGCCAGUGCAGGUAAAUUAUACCCAGCACAAAUUUUGUUUAGAAAUUGCUAAGGAAGGCAAAUUUAUUCAUAU